UCAGCUUAAGCUUAUUGUGGCUAGAUGGGAAUAAAAUUUCUGGUUCAAUUCCUCUAGAAAUUGGAAAUCUUACAAAUCUAAUAGAAAUAGUCAUGCAAACAAACCUUAUAGCAGGUUCCAUCCCUUCCACUUUUGGGAACUUGACUCAGCUUACCAUCUUGUACCUAUGGAAAAAUUACAUUAAUGGCCCCAUCCCUCAAGAAAUAGGAAACUUGAAAAAACUGGGUCAACUGGACAUGUCGGAAAACAUUCUAACAGGUUCCAUCCCUUCCACUUUUGGGAACUUGACUCAGCUUACCGGCUUGCAACUGCUCGACAAUCACAUUUCUGGCACCGUCCCUUCCACUUUCGGGAACUUGACUCAGCUUACCAGCUUGCAACUGUUCCAAAAUCACAUUUCUGGCACCAUCCCUCAAGAAUUAGGAAAUCUGAAAAAACUGGAUGACAUAGACUUGUCAGAAAACAUUCUAACAGGUUCCAUCCCUUCCGAUUUAGGCAACUUGACUCAACUUACCAGGUUGCAACUGUUCGAAAAUCAGAUUUCUGGCCCCAUCCCUCAAGAAUUGGGAAAUCUAAAAGAUCUGGAAGUUCUGCGUCUCGAAAUCAACAAUCUCACAGGUCGGAUACCUCCAUCUUUAUGUAAACUGACAAAGCUGAGCUAUCUUGUCCUAUUCGACAAUCAGUUAUUCGGUCCGGUGCCUCAAGAAAUAACCAAUCUGACAAAUCUCUAUUUCCUCAACUUGGGUAAAAACCACUUCUCUGGCUACUUACCACAAGAUAUGUGCAGAGGAGGAUCACUGACAUACUUAGCUGCGACAGACAAUCAUUUACAAGGUCCCAUUAUGAAAAUCUUGAGAAAUUGCUCUAGCUUGACCCAUGUUUUUCUCGAUGGAAACCAGCUCACGGGGAAUAUAUCUGAAGUUUUUAACAUUAACCCCAACCUCACGUCUAUUAGUCUGAGCUACAACAAAUUGCAUGGUCAGAUCUCCUCAAACUUGGGUGAAUGCUGGAAUUUGCUGAUUCUGCGUAUCUCUGGGAACAAGAUUGUAGGCAGGAUACCGCCUGAAUUUGGAAAUCUGAAUCGGAUUCAAGAACUCGAUCUUUCCUCAAACAAUCUUGUUGGAGAAAUUCCAAAGGAAUUUGCUAGGUUGACUUCAUUAAUCAAGUUCGACUUACAUGAUAACCAGCUAUCCGGUCAGAUACCACCGGAGAUUGGAAAAUUGUCCAACAUGGAUAAACUUGAUUUAUCAGCAAACAGCCUCACUGGACCAAUACCACAACAGCUAGGGGAUUGCUCCAAGCUGUGGUUCCUGAAACUGAGCAAAAAUCAAUUGAAUGGAAGAAUUCCAUAUCAGAUUGGUAAUCUAGUACAGCUGCAGGUUUUACUAGAUCUUAGUCAUAACUCACUUAGUGGAGAGAUACCGUCACAGCUUGGAAAACUGCAGAAGCUGGAAAACCUGAAUCUCUCCCACAAUAAUCUCUCAGGACUCAUUCCAUCCUCUUUCAAUGAGAUGCUCAGUUUGUCAUGUGUUAAUCUGUCAUUCAACAACUUGGUGGGCCCUGUUCCUAAAAGCAGAACAUUCCAAAAGGCAUCGGCAUGCCCGGAUGCCUUCAUAAGAAAUAAAGGUUUAUGUGGUGAAGUACAAGGUUUGGCACCAUGCAAUUCCUCUCUAAUGAAAAGUCGGGGUGCAAGAAACAGUCACAAAGUUGUCAUCUUCGUUGUUGUUCCUCUUUUGGGCAUGUUAUUUCUUUCAUCUGCAUUUUUCAGAAUCUUUUUCACCUUUUGGCGAAGAGAAAGAAGUGUAGAGAAAGAGGGAAGAGAAAUGGCCCGUCGAGAUCUCUUUUCGGUAUGGAACUAUGAUGGAAGGAUUGCAUACGAAGACAUCAUUGAUGCAACAAACCAUUUCGAUGAUGAAUAUUGCAUUGGGGUGGGAGGAAGCGGGAGAGUCUACAAAGCAGAGUUAUCAACUGAUCAGGUAGUAGCAGUAAAGAAGAUUCAGCUGACGGAAGGGAAUGAGCUGACUGCUGAAUUGAACUUCAGGAAUGAGAUAAGAGCAUUAACAGAAAUUCGGCACCGUAAUAUAGUGAGGCUCUAUGGGUUUUGUUCCCAUUCUCAAUGCAUGUUUUUGGUGUAUGAGUACAUGGAUAGGGGAAGCUUGGCUAGCAUCCUAAGGAAUGAGGAAGGGGCUAGAGAAUUGGAGUGGGCUAAAAGGGUCGAAGUUAUCAAAGGAAUAUCACAUGCUCUAUCAUACAUGCACCAUGACUGCACCCCUCCAAUGGUACAUCGCGACCUUUCGAGUAACAAUGUUUUGUUGGAUUUGGAAUAUGAAGCCUGUGUUUCUGACUUCGGCACUGCCAGAUUUUUGAAGCCUGAUUCAUCUAAUUGGACGACACCCGUUGGCACCUACGGAUAUGUUGCUCCAGAGCUUGCAUACACAAUGGCGAUGACGGAAAAGUGCGAUGUAUACAGCUUUGGAGUGGUAGCUUUAGAAGUGAUUAUGGGAAGGCAUCCUGGGGAACUCAUCUCCUCUUUAUCAUCAUCAGGUGGUGAAAAUAUACUUCUGAAGGAUGUGUUAGACCAACGUCUCUCACCUCCAACUGUUAGAGUCGAAAUGGAAGUGAUUUUGAUAGUAAUGGUGGCAUUCGCAUGCUUACAUUCCAGCCCACAACAUCGUCCGACCAUGCGGCGUGUUUCCCAUGAGCUGUCUGCUUGCAAGAAACAUUUGCCAGAGCCUUCCCACGCUAUUACAUUGUAUCAAUUGAUGGAUCUCAAAAUAUGAAAAGCAUGUUUAUUGUAUAGGGUUCAGUUUCUUUACCAAGUCAAGCCAUGGUCCACAUGGUUAAGUUCUUUCCUAGCUUACGCAGAUAUUUACCCAUCAUGUACAUUCAUCAUCUUCUAUAGUAAGUUUCUUUCUUGACGAACCCUGUUCUCAACUUAUAUGGGCCGGUGUAAAUACUCUUCUAGCUCUCUCAGGCCUUGAUUGUCAAAGUCAUGGAUAUGCAUUGGAUUUUGGUUUGGCAAAUCCCAAAGUCUGCCGUUUGGGAAUCAAGCUACAAAUCCUUAGGUUUGAGAGCACUUAUUGCAAUGUAAUAAAUUUUAUUGCUUUUAAGCAAG